CCUUUUCGUAACCCAAAUACAUAUACAUAUGAAGCAUAACUAGAACAAGCUUUUACCCUUCUAACUGCCGAGACAAUUCAAUCUAGACAUAAUUGACAAAUGGCCUUUUCUAUAUCCUACUUAUAUAUUUCUUGUGCAUCUGCUACCUUUUUUCAGGUUCCUUGUUGAGAAUGAUAUAAAGCGAGAACGGAUUCUCAUUUCACUAUCGUUAAUGGCUAUUGCAUGUGGAUUAUUUUCAUUGCUACUCCUGAUUUUGGCUCUCUCUGCAAAAACCAUUGAAGCCUACACUUUCCGACCUAAGCGAUCAGUCACUAAAUUGAUUCACCACGAUUCCAUUCUCUCUCCAUAUUACAACCCAAAUGACACUAUUGCAGACCGAACAGAACGAACUAUGAAAGCCUCAGCUACCUGGAUGGCUUACUUGUAUGCGCAGAUUGCAAGAAAUAAAUGCAGAAAUGAUCUUCAGCUAAAUCUCGUUCCUAGUGCCUUUGAACCCUUGUUCAUGGUGAGUUUCUCCAUCGGACAACCACCUGUUCCACAAUUAGCAAUAAUGGACACAGGCAGCAGUCUCUUAUGGGUACAAUGUGCACCCUGCAAACGUUGUUUACAACAGACUGGUUCAUUACUAGACCCCUCCAAAUCUUCUACUUAUGCUACCUUGUCGUGUAGGGACACUGUGUGCCCCGAUGCCCCAGGCAGCAAAUGCAACUGGUUGAAUCAGUGCAUGUACAACCAAACUUACGUAGGAAGUCUGCCGUCAGUCGGAGUUCUUGCCACUGAACAAAUCAUCAUUCACAAUUCAGAUGGAAGCACAAAUGCCGUGCCUUAUGUGGUAUUCGGAUGCAGCCAUGAGAAUGGCAAUUAUAGAGACCGGCGUUUCACUGGCAUAUUUGGUCUAGGCAAUGGAAUCACAUCUUUUGUAACUCAAAUGGGUUCUAAGUUUUCUUAUUGCAUAGGCAACGUUGCUGAUUCUCACUACAAAUAUAACCAGUUGGUCAUCGGCGAUGGUGCAAAUAUUGAAGGUUCUUCAACACCUUUAGAAGUGGUUGCCGGCCAUUACUAUGUUACUCUGGAAGGCAUUAGUGUUGGGGAAAAAAGGCUCAACAUAGAUUCUACUGCAUUUAGAAGUAAAAGGAAAGGACAAGCUGUAAUAAUUGAUUCUGGAACUGCACUAACCUGGUUGGCCAAAAAUUUAUAUAGAGCGCUUGGUGAUGAAGUUCAGUCUCUCUUGGAUAGAGUCCUUGUACCAUUUUGGCGAGAGUCAUUUCUUUGUUACAAGGGAAGAGUGGACCAGGACCUUACUGGGUUUCCUGUGGUAACAUUUCACUUCGCAGGAGGAGCAGAUUUAGAGUUGGACAGUGAAAGCAUGUUCUAUCAAGCCACACCAGAUGUACUUUGCAUGGCCAUGAGACAAGCCAGCACCUACAGCAAUAAUUUUACAGAUUUUUCUGUAGUUGGGUUAAUGGCUCAACAAUACCAUAAUAUGGGUUAUGAUCUUGAUAAGCAUGAGUUAUUCUUCCAGAGGAUUGAUUGCGAACUCCUAGUUGACUGAAUCUGUCAUCACAGGCUUCACAAAUCAUACAUAGAACAUAAAUGCAUACAUUGGUUUGCAAGUCUUUUGUUCUAUUAUUUGUGAUGUUCGCAAAUCAUUGCUUGGUAAUAGCUCUUGCUCUAGCUUCUAGUAGUCAUGGAAUUACAACAACAAACAUCAGUGGCACAAAACUGAAAAAUUAUGCAUUGCAGAGUCUUCCUUGAUCAAUACAUUUUUUUUUUUUUUCAA